GCAUGCCAUCAUCAUCAAGGGGGUAUAAAUAACGGGAGUUCUGUCAGUAAGAUAUUUGUCUACUAUCCAGUUGACUCACGAGACUGGCCAUUUUGACUUGUCAGCGCAGCAGUGGGGACAUCGAAACUGCAACUACAGGCUAGCUAAACAGCCUGGGCCGAUGGAAGCAGGGUCCGGAAUUGGCUCUCAUACCGAAACAAAUACGGAGCGCGAAUCAGUGAGAGAAAAUUGUGAACUAUCAGAAGGAGGAACACACGAACACAAAGAAAACUGCUGGGUACUCCGCUACCAUCGGAUAACGGCCUUCCGUGGAAAAGAAUCGGGAAAGAGGGGCAAGGCACGGGUCAGAAAAAACGCUACCGCAACAUCCAAACGACGGUAUUAGAGCUGGCAAGAAUUGCCGGCUGGUCUCGGACUUCUAAUGGCAAAGACCGAGAAUCACGUGCAGGGGGCCAAACGCUUGGAUGUUCUGCUAGUAGCUGGCUGCACACGGUGAAACGAGGAGACAUAGAAAAGCUGGUUUACUGCUUCCUCCGGUUGUGGACCUGAAGACAUGAAAGCGCAGCCAUUGCGAACCGGACGUCCGUCGAACUAAAUCUGGCGGACGAGAUAAAACAGUACGACUUCAGCGAAACAAUUAGGGCUUGUUCACCACGGGAGGAUCUGUAUGCGUUGCGGAGCCUAUCCGGUCUUCAGCGGUUUUCUCUAGACAGGAAAAUGGUGUAUAUGGGUAACAAGAGCUACGUAUACUGGCUGCAAGCCACAGUGUCUAACGGGUAGUUCGCCCCUGCAACUUUAGAAUUUCUCCCUGUAGUAUGUUCCUGCUGUUUGGUCGAAACUGCCACUGACGACAGCUGGUAUUACGAUGCGCGUUGGUUUCUUUAUUCGCUCGCUACGCGAGUAACCCCCCGAAAAGUGAACAACGCGAGACCUCCACUCAAUCGUACCAGCGAUAUUAUUUCUUGAAACCAGUGGGUACUGAAAUUGAAUCAACAAGCCACAGCUGAUGCUCGGAGUAACCGCCUACAAGAGCGACAGUCUUCCCGGAUGGAGAGACAGCCACGGUGCGGGUUGAGGAUGGCACAUGACCUUGCGGUGUCUUCGUCAGACGCAGUGGCAUUGCAGAAAUCACUCUUUCCCGUUUUGUUUCAGGUCAACAUUAUCGAAUUAAUUGCUGGGGCAAGUCACUGUGUAUUUUACCUCGAGCUUUUCAAUGCUUUUUAAAGGUGGCCGCUGAAAAUAUCGUAUCCGCAGUUAUCCCCUGUCUUGUGGUGGGGCCGCGAUGGCUUUCCGACGGCUGAGCAAGCGCCCAUUCCAGUCGUUUAAAAGCAUGGCGGGUGUCGUGCGUCGAAUCUAGGGCAUGUGCUUCGCCAGAGAAACCCUCCUCACGAAAUUGUACCGUGUCUUUCUUUUCUGUACCGAAAGAGAAGUGCGUUCGGCGAAGACGUCUCUCCUCGUUUGGAGCUUCUUACCGGCUUCCCUGGUCAUGGGGAUUGGCUCUCAGAUCCUACUACUCCCAUCUGCAUGAUGAAGGUACAGUCACUUUUACUGACCUUCCUUCUGAGUUUGACGGUGAACCGAAGGCCAGAUGGAUAUCUCUUUGCGAAGGUCGUCAUCGUUACAGGCGUCUCUCUACGAAACCUUGCUGGCCAAUCCGGUGUACGCAAUUCGAGCAAGUCACCUAAAGUGUUCACCGCUUCACAGGAAGUGGGAGAUGAUGGAGAUAUAAAGAGUUCCGGGUUACCGAAGACCGUUACGGACGUUUUCGACGCUGAGUACAGUCAGUCCUCUGGAGGAAACAGUCUUCAUCAAGCCAUGCUCAAGCAGACUGGAGAAAUGUGCAAGGGCUGUUCUUGCAUCGAGCCCAUGACAACCAAGACCAUAACGGUCUUCGUGUUUCACUUCUUGAAAAAAGCGGUUUUGUGCUGACAUGCUUUCCACGGCAGUGACCAACCGCUACUCCGGCGUGUGUGCGCGUUGCAACGAAAGAUGAGUCAAGGGAGCAAGUAUUAUAAUGGUGCAGUAUUUGUUUCAAACAUGGGUGAAGUAAAACGACUGAACGCAGUUAGACGGGGUAAUGCACGUUUCCAUUCGAAGCUGGAUGUGUCUUUAAGUUGCAUUUCAAGCACACAGCUAGGACCUUACCAGGGGGAUGAGCUUCGACGAAUGCCACUUUCUAGGUGUCAUUCUUCGUAUAGAGGCUGGACUGACCAUGUUGUGCUCAUUUUUGAACACACUACAUCUGCUGUAUUGGAGCGAACUGGGUUGUAUCAAAAUUUAUUUUGCCUCUCUAUAGCACGUGCUUGAUACUUAUGUGGAUCUACAUCUCACCUGUCCUGUUAGUGUAGCCCGCAUCAGCAUCCGUCAGCGCAGACACCCCCUUAACAUCCAAUGUAAUUGAAUUCCCUGCAGUCAGUUGCUGCCGGGAGACUUGGCGGGGGUAACACGGGUCGCAGGCCUGCUAGCGUGAGUGCCAAAGGCCUUCCCUACCGAAAAGAAGGGCCACCAUACAUGUACUAAUCUCAAAAAAAGCGUUUGUGGCUCCUGAGCUGUUUCUUUGAGAAAAAAAAACGCCAAGAAAAAACUGAGACAGAUGCGCUUCAUCGGUAGCACCUAUCCACUUUUCACCAGGAGGUACCGAAACCGACCACCGUCGCUCGCUAAUCCACAUCACUAAAGACGACAGCCGAUCCCCCAAACCAUCUCUGACCAGUACUCAAUCCCCGCCGCUCCAUCUGAACUCUUGUCGAUGUACCUGAAGAUGAGUUUAGAUAAACAGGCGCCACCACCUUUCAAGGAAAAAAUAAUAUGGAACCUGGUCGCCUUAGCACGCUUCAU